UGGGAGCAGGCUGGACAUCUGUAUAUCCAGACCGAGUUGUGCGAGAAUGGGAGUUUGGAUGUGUUUUUGCAGGAGCAGGGGAGGAUUGCGCGGUUGGAUGAGUUUCGGGUGUGGAAGGUUUUGACGGAGUUGGCGUUGGGGUUGAAGCAUAUCCAUGAUAUGGGUGUGUUGCAUCUUGACCUCAAGCCCGCCAACGUCUUCAUUACCUUUGAGGGUACGUUGAAGAUUGGGGAUUUUGGGAUGGCGACACGCUGGCCGGCUGAGAGGGGUGUGGAGAGGGAGGGGGAUAGGGAGUAUAUCGCGCCUGAGGUGUUGAGUUAUCAGCAGUACGAUAAACCCGCCGACGUCUUUUCGCUGGGUUUGAUCAUGCUCGAGAUUGCCGCAAACAUCGUGCUACCUGAUAACGGUCUCCCAUGGCAGAAACUCCGGAGUGGUGAUUUAAGCGACGCACCCAAGCUUUCCUUCUCGGAUACGGAGUCUACCGCGGAUUCGGGACCGAACGAGCCCCUCAUCAGACCGGGCGAUGAGCCAUAUCGGCCCAAAUUCUUCGAGAUGGGGUUGGAUCGGAUUGUGAGGUGGAUGUUGAGUCCGGAGCCGAGGGAGAGGCCGACGAUUGGGGAUGUGCUUGGGACGAUGGAGGUGCAAUGGGUUGAGGGACGGCGGAAGGCUGGUGCGGUGAUUUACGAGGGAGAGUAUGGACCUUCUGGGGAG